AAUUCUGUGACAUUAUAUCUUAAACAUAAAAAGGAAAUAGUAGAUGCUAUUUCAGAUGUUCAAAAAGACACGGGUAAAAGUGCUAAAAAUCCAGGACAGAAAUGUAGCAGUAGUUGAAAUAACGAAUUUAUAAUAUCAAGUCUAGAUACUGUUGGAUAUUUAAAUGUACUAAUAGAACAAUAUAAAUCUUAUAGCAUCAAAAAUUAUAAAGAUUUGAAUUACCUGAUAAUCGCUUAAAAAAAAUAUAGUAAGAAUGCCACUUAAUUUUCAGAUAUAAAAUAAUUAAAUAAUAUAUUCGUGCAAGAGUUUAAAAAUAUUGAUAAACUCUAAGUACUAUACAGUUAUGAUAAUGCUUCUAACAAUUUUAAUGGGCAAUAUUUUGAUUCUAAUGAUAACUAUUGUAUACAUAUUAAAAAUUCCUUUGACUUUUUUAUUCAACAUUACGAUCAAUUCCAAAAAAAAGUUAAAAACUUUUUUUGUAAAGAAUUAAACAAUUUUAAAGAAAUAUAUAAUAAUAUAAUGUGUAAUGUAACUUCUUGUCCUGGUGUACCUACUAAAAUAGAUUAUGUAUUUGUUGCUAGCUUUACAAUAACUUCAUUAUUACUAACAACUUUCACCUUAAUUUUUUUAUAUAAGAUUAAUAAAUAUUAUAAUUAAUAAUGUGAAUAACGUAUCACAAUUCUUACACAAAGUAUUAAAAAAAAUAAAAUAAUACUUUUAAUUACAUUUUUCAUAUAGUUUACUCCAAUGAAAUCAAAUCUACGUAAUCGUUUACAAAAGGAAAAACUUUUUAAACUUAAAGAAGUUGAAAAAGAAGCAAUAGAAUCACCACAAAACACACAUUAUGAAGCAAAUAUAAAUUAUGAACGAAGUUUUCAUAAUAUAGACUAUCAACCACAA